CAAGAUCAGUCGCAGUUAGUCCGUCAACCUCGUCGCGUCUCUGCUAUCCGUACUACUCGAAAGUCCCAUUCAAAAUUCCCCGAGAUCUGCGUGGGCUCCAAAUCGUGAUUCAGUGACUCCAGUAUUUAGAUUGUGAACAGCGGAUGAUUUAGUUUAAGAGGAGAUUUAAGACAAGUGCCGCCGAAAAUGAGUGACAGUUCCAGCUCCAAUUGCUCGAAGGAUCGUGCUAAGCCGGUGGAAACGCUGGUUUUGGCAAACUAUGCCCUGAAAGCCGAGCAGAAGAAGGCCCAAGGACAGGGUGGUCGAAAGGAGGACGAGCGCAUCACCACUGCGGUUAUGAAGGUCCUCGAGGGCUACGACUGGAAUCUAGUCCAGGCAUCAGCCAAGGCGCCCACGGACCGCAAAAAGGAGCACAUCAAGCGACCGAUGAACGCCUUCAUGGUUUGGGCCCAGGCAGCCCGCAGGGUCAUGUCCAAACAGUAUCCGCAUCUGCAGAACUCCGAACUGAGCAAAUCGCUGGGCAAGCUGUGGAAAAAUCUAAAGGACAGUGAUAAGAAGCCCUUCAUGGAAUUCGCCGAGAAGCUUCGAAUGACCCACAAGCAGGAGCAUCCGGACUACAAGUACCAGCCGCGGCGCAAGAAAGCGCGGGUGUUGCCGUCCCAGCAAAGCGGUGAAGGGGGAUCCCCGGGUCCAGAGAUGACGUUAUCCGCCACUAUGGGUAGCUCCGGGAAGCCAAGGAGCAGCAAUUCCAAUGGCCAGAGGCGAGCGGGCAAGGGAAAUGCAGCUGCUGAUCUGGGCAGCUGCGCCUCGACCAUCUCCCAUGCCAAUGUGGGCUCGAACUCCUCGGAUGUCUUCAGUAAUGAGGCCUUCAUGAAAUCCCUGAACAGUGCCUGUGCGGCCAGUUUGAUGGAGCAGAGCCUCAUCGAAACUGGCCUGGACUCUCCGUGCUCCACGGCCAGUUCAAUGUCCUCGCUGACGCCCCCAGCCACGCCCUACAAUGUAGCCCCAUCCAAUGCAAAAGCGUCGGCAGCAAAUAACCCCAGUCUUUUGCUAAGGCAACUAAGUGAGCCAGUUGCAAAUGCAGGCGAUGGUUAUGGAGUUCUCCUCGAGGCAGGCAGAGAAUAUGUGGCCAUAGGUGAGGUCAAUUAUCAGGGGCAAUCGGCGGGAGUUCAGAGUGGAGCCGAAGGAGGAGGAGCAGGUCAGGAGAUGGACUUCCUGGAGAACAUCAAUGGGUAUGGUGGCUACACGGGCAGUCGGGUGAGCUACCCUGCCUACUCCUACCCCGCAAACGGAGGCCACUUCGCCACCGAGGAGCAGCAGCAGCAGCAGGCGUUACAGGCCAGUGAAGCCUUAAAUUACAAGCCAGCAGCCGCCGACAUCGAUCCCAAGGAAAUUGACCAGUAUUUCAUGGAUCAAAUGCUGCCCAUGACGCAGCACCACCAUCCGCAUCACACCCACCCGCUGCACCACCCACUGCACCACUCGCCGCCUUUGAACUCCUCCGCCUCGCUAUCCUCGGCCUGCUCCAGUGCCAGCUCGCAGCAGCCGGUAGCGGAGUACUACGAGCACUUGGGCUACUCCCCGGCCGCCUCCUCUGCCAGCCAGAAUCCCAACUUCGGGCCCCAGCAACCGUAUGCCAACGGGGCGGCCUCCAUGACACCCACACUGGGUGACCCCGCACCGCAACAGGAGCUGCAGUCGCAGCAGCAGGAGCAGCAGCACCAGAAUCCAUCGCAGCAUCAUCUGUGGGGCACUUACACUUAUGUCAAUCCCUAAGCUACUUCAUUUGCACAUUUGUUGUCGGGCACAGAGAGAAAGAAAGCAUCGGUAUUCCUAAACUUAUUUGGGGAUUCAAUCGGAGAAAUACAAUGGCAGAGUUAUAAACAUUCAUCUUUCAAAUGUCAUUUCUAAAUGUUACAUAUUAGUUUUAGUUGAUUUGCGAUAACUCAAUUCCUUUUAUCUAAAUUGGUUGUACCCUUCGGAAAAUUAUUUAGAAUAUUUAUACCCCACGUUGUUAUAAAUUAAUUUAAAAUAAAAAGAGUGGCUCAU